UAUUGAGAGACUGAAAAUUAAUAUUUUGAUUUAGUUGAAACUCUCCUCUAUUAUUCAUACUUGAUAAAAAAAAUUAUUGUCACCAAAUUUUUUUUGGAAUUUGAGAUGUCAUCUACUACAAGAGGCCAGUUAAUGUCUGCAAUUUUCGAAAAUGAUACUAAAAAGUGUAAAAAAUUAUUAAAAUCAGCAAACAUGUUACGACUUCCCAUUCUUCAUGGUGAAUAUAAUAUUCUUAAAAUGGCGGUGAGGCGCAAACGUGUAAAACUGGCUGAAUUAUUGGCAAAAAAUUGCAUUCAAAUAAGACACCAAAAAUUGGAUCGUUCUUCGAACACCCUACUCUAUGAUGUUAUUCAAUUAGGGCAGCUUAAAGUUGUUAGAAUACUUGUAGGUAGAGGUGCUGAUGUAAAUGCAAGUAUCAGAAAUGGGAUGACUCCUCUUCACGUUGCAGCGAAACAUGGACAUCUCAAGAUUAUGGAUUUUCUUAUAAGUAAUGGUGCACAUGUGAAUGCAAGAUGUACAGGACCUUAUAAUGGUGGAUAUACGCCACUACACUUCACUUGCGAAUUGAAUAAUCUUAAGUGUGCGAAAUUAUUACUCAAACAUAAUGCUUCUGUUAUUCCAACAAACGUUGAUGAUAUUAAUCCGAUUGAUAUUACGGUUGGUUGUCUUUUUUUCAAAAUGACUCAAUUGUUAUUGAACUAUGGCGCAAGUAUGGCUGUUAAUAAAAAACUCGAUGGAUACCAGGAGUCUGAAAUAAGAUUUGCAGAUGAAAAUUUAACUUUAUUACACCACACAGUUAUAUGUCGUUCAUUACCUAUGGCGAAAUUAUUAUUAAAAUAUGGAGCAGAUGUAAAUAUUGUAAGUAAUGCUGGUGUAUCUCCAUUGUCGGAUGCCAUAAUGGACCAUAAUAUUCCAAUGGUUAAGCUCUUAUUAAACAACGGAGCUCUUGUGAGCUACGAUUUUAAUCAUAAAAUUGUAGUAACAAAUUGUCUAUUUUUUAACCGACUUGGUAUUCAUCCGUAUUAUUGAGCUAGCAGCAAGGGGUUCGACUGUUCGUUGAAUCUUCUCGGUUACUCUAUUAGGCGCGGAUUCAGAAAAAUUGUUAACUAUCUUCUGUAUCAUACCAAUUUCAAUUUCUAUAAUUUAAAUGAUGUGAUGGUAGAAUAUGCUGCUUUUGAUGAAAGGCAUAUACACCAAUUUCCAGAGAUUGCCAAUGACACAGAGUAUAUAACAAAACGCAAGCUCGAAUGUAAAGAACUUACUUACGACUUGAUAGCGGAAAAAUAUUCGAGACAUUUGAUAGGUUUGCCGUUGGACGACGAGCUAAGUUAUGCAGACCUUACCAGAAUUCCUACUGGGUUUGAAGUUACAAAGGAAGAACAUGAAGAUAGAAUUAAAAAAAUUAAAAACAAUAUUCAAGGAGUCGUGGAUGAAAUGAAACGUGAGAAAAUAGGUAACAGUAAUAUUACUUUUUUUCAUAUUUUAAUUUCUGAUAUAGACAAAAUAAUAAAGUUUGCAUCAAACGAAAACUUUAGAGCGUUAUGUAUCGAUGAUUACAAAGAAAAAUAUUUUAUAUACUUUACUAAGCUAAAAGGCAAAGUAAGUUAUGCUGUUAAAAAAAGCUUAUCGAUAGAAAAAUGUAAUAAGUUAAUUUAUUCUUUAUUUAAAAAUGUACUACCAUAUGACUGUU